AUGGGAUAUAUAGAGGAGCUCAGGCAGUCCCAGAGGCAGGGAGAGGAGCUCAGGCAGUCCAAGAGGCAGGGAGAGGGAGGCAGGCAGUCCCAGAGGCAGGGAGAGGAGCUCAGGCAGUCCCAGAGAGGGGAGAGGAGCUCAGGCAGUCCCAGAGAGGGGAGAGGAGCUCAGGCAGUCCAAGAGGCAGGGAGAGGGAGGCAGGCAGUCCAAGAGGCAGGGAGAGGGAGGCAGGCAGUCCCAGAGGCAGGGAGAGGAGCUCAGGCAGUCCCAGAGGCAGGGAGGGGAGCAGGCAGUCCCAGAGCAGUCCCAGAGGCAGGAGAGGAGUUCAGGCAGUCCCAGAGGGCAGGGAGAGGAGUUCAGGGCAGUCCCAGAGGCAGGGAGAGGAGCUGUAGCAGUCCCAGAGGCAGGAAGAGGAGCUCAGGCAGUCCCAGAGGCAGGGAGAGGGGAGGCAGGCAGUCCCAGAGGCAGGGAGAGGAGCUCAGGCAGUCCCAGAGGCAGGAGAGGAGCCCAGGCAGUCCCAGAGAGGGGAGAGGAGCUCCAGGCAGUCCCAGAGGCAGGAGAGGAGCUCAGGCAGUCCCAGAGAGGGGAGAGGAGCUCAGGCAGUCCCAGAGGCAGGAGAGGGAGGCAGGCAGCUGGCUCCAUG